AGAGCAACGUUCUUUAUGUUUUAUAUUUAACAAUUACAACCGUGUACAAUAUAUGUGUUAUGCCGUUACAAACAUCUUGUUGUAGUUUUCGUUUCUUAGUAAUUUUAUAGUUCUCUUUUUGUAUUACAUCAUUUGAUCUAAUGUAAAGCACAAAUUUGACAUAUUGCUGUUAAAGAAUACUAGAGAAAAUUAAGAUUCUUCAUUUUUCUACCUCCAAAGGGAAGAAUGUGCUAGGAUAAUUGUAGAAAAGGAAUUUACACAGAGCAUAAUACGAAAAAUAACUCUUUUUAAAUAUUUAAACAUUAUAAAUAAUAUCGAUUUGUUGUAUAGUUCCAUUUGUGAAAAUGAAUCAAGAGUCAUUGUUUUAUUCUUCAAAUGGCAGUAUGCCUGUAAAUAAUACACAAUUGCAAUUCCAUAACUUGUGUCAGAUGCAACCACCUACAGAAGCUUGGAGCAACCCUUUUGCAACUCACAAUAUAAGCGCUCUUCCUAAUAUGGGCAGCAGGGACACCCCUCAAAAGAUGUGCAUAACAGAAGAAAAAAUGGCGGCUCGUUUUCGAGACAUGCACAUCAGCAAUCAAUUCAUCAUUCCAUCUGAAAGCAGCACUUAUGAAUCUGGCAAUAGCUCAUCCUCUGCAAGUGCUUCUGUAAAUAAAUCCCCAAGUAAUCUGCAGCAGUUAGAAAUUAUGCUACAAGAUGCUGGUUCCAGUGACACCACUUCCAAAUCCUUGAUUCUUGCACCUGAACUAAAGAAGCUGGUUGAACCUGAGAAAAUAUUGAGUACUUUUUUAAAUAAAAUAGAGAAACCUUCAAUGGCAUUGGUGGUGUGGCAACCUCUUAACAACAAACUGACAGAGAAACAUAUUCCAAAAGGAGAAGCAUCUGACAUAAAGCAUAACAACAAUAAUCUCACACCCCAACAGCUUAGCAUGAUGUGUCAUCAAUAUUUGUCAUCCCAAGAAACUUCAGAUAAAUUGUGUCAAAUCUUUCCAGAAGAUGAAAUGGAGACAUGAAGAAUUUUACUUUUUAUAUUUGUAUUUUUCACUGUAUUUUCUCAUUUUAAAAUAAAAAAUAUUCAUCCUA